GCUCGAUGCUGCCGCUGCCGCCUUCGGGGGAGUUAGAGCACAGCGGCGGCGUUGGAGGCGGCGGCGGCGAGGGCGACGGAACAGGGGAGGUGAGGGCACAGCGGCACAGGGCAGGAGCCUUUCCCCGCGGCCGAGCAGCCGCCACCGCCCCCUCCGGCCUUGCGCGCGCGGGCCCCAGAAGGGGGCGCGCCUCCUGUCCCCAUCCUGUAGCCGGGCGGCGACGCGGAGGAGGAGGCAGCGGCGCUGCUGUUGCUGCUGCUGCUGACGCAGCAGCGUGGAGCCCGGGACUCGGGCGCCCCGGGGCGUUCCAGCCGCCGGAUUCUAGCCCGGCUGGGGCCUUCACCUACCCUGGGUGGGCCCCACGAAGUCAAACGGAGGUGGCGGUGGGAGCCACGACGACGGAGCAACCCGCGAGCGCCCCGGAGUGGACAUUGAUCCUAUGACGCAUGCCCGGAAGAAACAGCUCUUGCUUCUGAAACACUCAGCUGGUUCUGCUGGCCAAGCUUUGUCACCGAUUGACGGUGAGAGAAUGGAUAGGACUGAGGCGGAGGGCAGCAAGCAUGGAAAUGGCACUGAAGGGCAGAACUGCCAGACUAGAUUUGCCAACAUGACUAAAAGCAGGAACUUGCAGGAGCUUCGAAAGACGUAUCCCUUGAGGAAACGCCUCAGCUCCUCUGUGGACAAAAAAACCUGCUCUGUGCUACUCACAAGGCUAGAGGAUGUAGCUGGAUCGCUGUCAGAGGAGACUCCGAGUGGGAUGAAAAGAGGUCUCACCAGUUGCAUAGAUGACUUCAGACCUUCCUGCCUUCCGGAACAAAUUCAGGUAGCGGGAGCAGGGAAACAAGACUCUUCUAUAGGCAAAUGCCAGAUAUCAUGCCUUGGGACUGAGGAGGAGGGGCACAAUGGCUGCCUCUCAGAGCCCAGAAAACGAAGGCUGGCCUCCCUGAAUGCUGAGGCGGUGAACAACCUGCUCUUUGAACGGGAUGACAACUUACUAUCUGGCAGGCGUUUUCGAAAAGAUUCACCCCAGAUCAGUGGGAUUUGUUGCACUAAAAGCAUAUGUUGCAAAGCUCAAGGUGCAUGGCCCUUGAUGGAAAAACGGAGUACUAAAACAGUGAAGGGAAAGAACCAGACUAAGUCAAGUCAGAAGUGUGCUCCUUACAACCAGUCCCUGGGCGGUGUCUUUGAAGGGAAAAGGCGGGAGGACAAGGGAAUUUCCUACCAUCCUGCCCCAAAGAGAUUGGCCAGUCUCAAUGCUGCAGCUUUUCUGAAACUGACCCACGAGAAAGACCAGCCAUUAAAGCCCAGAAGUAAAUCAACUGGAGAAAGCAAGAUGGAAGGACACAGUUCCAAAUCAAAACUCAAGUGGGCCAAAGCCAGUGGAAAAAAUUGUGUUAAAUCCAAAAAGGAAAUAUCUGCUGUCAAAAUAGAGGGUCAGCGUAGCUGGCAAGGAGUCCCUGAGGGUGCAUUUAGAAAAGUAGUUCAUCAGGAUUCUCCUAGAACCUAUGGGAAAACUGAAUCCAUCAGUUACAAACAAUUGCCUAACUCUUCUGAAGGCACAGAGGGUUUCUACCACAGACUGCCUUUGCUAAUGGGUGGGCAAGCUUCCAUGAAACCUGAAUAUGGAAGACCUGGAGAGAAAUCUCCUACCCCCAAGCAGGAAUUUCAUCAGCCUUCCUUCCCAGUACCUCAGUUCCAUCCUUUGCCUGUGCCAGGCAAUCAUCCAGAUUGUGGCUGUUUCUUUGAAUCGUCUGACUUGACGCCAUUGAAUGGAUUUUAUGUUUAUUAUGGCCAAAGUGGAUACAAUAGUUACACUCAUUGCUCCAUAUACCCGAAGGAUGAGUUGUCACAGGCAACGGGUUGUGAGGGGCUUUUGGUAUCUCCAGGUUCCUUACCGUCUGACCCCUCAUUUCAGCCAUUUCAUUGGUGUAGCUCUCCAUAUUGUUGUGGAGAGGGACCAGCAAUUAACAGCUUCAGCCUUUGUGGAGUUAUGCACGUACCAGAAAGCAGAAUUGGUAGUGUGCAUACAGGGCGGAAUGGCUACCCUUAUAAGAUGCCUUUUGCAGCAGAUAGCUGCAAGUCCCUGGACCAGCUGAGCCUCACAAUCCCAGUGGCAGGACAUCCCGUUUCACCUGCCCAUCCUCUCUCAGGAUGUCCGGUACCCAGUGUGCCACCAGCUGCAGAACCUGUUCCUCACUUACAAACGCCAAACUCAGAGCCCCAGACUAUGGCCCGUGAAUGCCCGCAGAGCUCCAAACCACCCAGCGGCUCUAAAUCUGGCCUCCGGAAUACUACUAGCUGCUUACACGUGUCUGACAACAAAACAGUCGGAAGUCACUUGCAUCCAAAGCAGCAACGCAUCAACCGGAGGAGAGCCACAAAUGGUUGGAUACCUGUUGGAGCAGCAUCUGAGAAGGCCGUCUACGUUGUGAAUGAGCCAGAACCAGCUGUUCGUAAGAGCUACCAGGCUGUGGAGAGAGAUGGAGAAAUCAUUCGGGUCCGGGACACAGUCCUCCUGAAAUCAGGGCCACGGAAGAAAUCAAUGCCUUAUGUGGCUAAGAUAUCUGCCCUGUGGGAAGAUCCCAAAACAGGGGAACUGAUGAUGAGCCUCCUGUGGUAUUACAGACCAGAGCACACUCAGGGAGGCCGUAAUUCUAGCAUGCAUCAGAAUGAGAUCUUUGCAUCCCGACAUCAGGACGAGAACAGCGUGGCCUGUAUUGAGGAGAAGUGCUACGUUCUGACCUUUGCAGAGUACUGCAGAUUUUGUGCCUUGGCAAAGCGUCGGGUGGAAGGGAUUCCAGGCAAGAAAACAGUGAUGGUUCCUCCAUCUGAAGAGUAUUCCACCCCUGCCCAUCGCAAGGUGCCAGAGGACACUGAUCCAGAGUUGGUUUUCCUCUGCCGUCACGUCUAUGAUUUCAGGCAUGGACGCAUCUUGAAGAAUCCACAAUAACACCACUGUGGGGUUAGCAGGCCAUUAGGCAGGCUGAGCUCUUUGUCCAUGUAGGGGCCUCCUUUUGUGGAGUGCUGCCCACAGGCACUGAAUAACAUCCCCAAAGCACUCAGUCCUCUACAUUUGGGAGCAGAUUUCCUGUUAAGGCAGAUGUUCAAAGCACAGCACUUCAUAUAAAAAGCAUAAAUGGAAAUAUAUAUCUAUAAAGAAACGUGUGUCUGUAUAUAGAUAUAGGUGCUUGCUUCUGUAAAUCUAUAUCUAUAUAUCUGUACAAUGAGCUUCAUAUACUGGAGGGAGGGGGGAAGGGAAGAUAAAAGUGGAUAAAAGCCAGUAAACUGAAUCUAGAGCCAAUCUUGUUGGGGAUGGGUAGAAUAUACUGAAGGAAAACUUGAGUGUAGGAGUGAGUCAAACUAUAAAAAGGUUCCUGGUGUCAUGUCAUUCUAAGAAGAAGAAGGACAUACAUCCUUUUGUUUAGUAUAAUAUUGAAAAUGGAGAUGAGACCUUGUUUCUGGAGCCAUAAAUAUAUUGAAAAUCCUUCUCAUAUUCUGCAUACAUACCACUUGAGAAGGGAAAGACCACAUUCAAGGUAUUUUGUAUUCUGUGAUUACCCAGUCAAACUGGUUGCUUUGGGCAUCACCUUCAAAGCAGGAAGUGGGAAAGAUGUGAUAGGAUCACCCCACACCAUUGUGGAAAGCUGCAUAUCCUUCUAAGGUUGAAGCUCUAAGCCAAUUGCUUAGCAUUAACUUACAUUGACAUCUGUAGUAUCUUUUCCAAAUAAAUGCCAUAAAAGUCAGGAUAUCAGGAAACAGGCCCAGCCUUAAAGAUCACUCUUAUUGGGCACAGCAAUGGUGGGGGUAGUAGGGUGGCACUUGAAAAGUUCUCAGAGCUUGAGACAUAAAUAACAGCUGCUACAACACUGAUCUCUUCUCUCCACAAACCUAGAGAGGCCUGCCUUCUUUGGGCAGAAGUACUUUAUAUUCUUUCCCUUCCCCAUCCCAUUUUCUUUGCUCUCAUGUACUGUCCUUGUAGAACCUGGAUUUGCACACUCAUCUACCUGGGAGGGCCAGAAGCCAGAGUUAAGAAAUGAUAGCAUAGUGUGUAGUGCUUGAGUUUCAGUCUUCAAAACAGGCAUCGUAACCCAACUGAGUCUGCUUUUUGCCUGUCUACCUCUCUUCUCUCCCACCCACCCCAGAAUAUCUUAACACUGACAUAUGAACAUGCCCAUGAUGGUGAGACUCUGGCUUCCAAAAGGAACUGACCAAUGAGAGGUUUGCAUUUUGAGAAACUGCUACUUGAUUCUCACGGAUAUUUCUGCCUCUUGCCUUACAUGUAUAGCUCUUAGAAUACUUUAGUUUAGCUUUAACACAAAGCUGUUUCAGUUAAUUCUAAAGCAAACCAAAGGACAGCAUAAGAAGAGUCCACCGAAUCAGUCAACACCCAGCUGGGAUUCCAUUUGUAGAUUGCACUAAUUCUAAAGGAGAAUCAACACUGUAUCAGUCCAUGUACCUGCUGACAGCCAGAGUUGCUCACCUGAACUAGGGACCUAUGUGGUUGCUUUUUUUUCCUUUUGUAAGGGGGUGGGGGAGAUUUAAUUAGUGUUCAGUUAUUAUAGAAGCGUUCCUACAGCUUUAAUAUUGUUGUCUUUUCAAGUCGAAUUAGCACUAUCUGUUCUGACCCUCAGGCUAGAAGCAAGAGUUUGGCCACCAGUGCUCUAUGUCUGUUAGUUCUGGAGAAAGUAGCCCUGCCAUGUUCAGCUUCUUGUGCAUUGACACAAAUGGUAUCUGCAGACUUGCUCUACAUACCAAAGAGGGGAAGUGAUGGGGGAGAGCUGUGAAAAAGUCUAACCAUGGUGGAUAGCAGAGAUCAGGUGAUGAUUCCAUUCCAGCAGGAAUGGUUGUAUUCCUGCUUGGGGGAGGAGUCUUCCACCCUAAUGCUGAGCAUGAAUUAUCCAAGCUUGCUAGUGUCAAAGUAGUGGCUUCCUUUAUCAAAACCACUGCUCGGGCACACAGAAGGGCUCUUUGUUAACUAGGGCUACAAAGCGUAUCUUGUUACAGCACAGGAAUGGAACAGAAGAUCGCGUACAACUUUUCUUCAUGCAAGGGAAAGCAGCCCUGGAGAGGGAACUGAUUAAUGGAAGGGGUAAGCAGAAAGAAUGCUUUGGGAGCAGUAUUAUAUGCUCUGUAGCUGUGGCCUGUUCUUCCAUUUGCCAAGUCAAUUGUAGAGAUAAAGAAACAGUCCUCGAAUGAUCUGGGUAGGAGUGUAUAUAAAGAGUUGGUUAGUCUGAUCUAUGCAGAAUCAGAUUCAGGAUUCUUUUUCUCUUUUUCUUAACUAGAAGUGGGAGAGCAACUCUUGCUAGAGAGCCUCUUCCCAAGAAGAAUUUUGAGAAUUCAUGGUGUGGUGGCUGGAAUCCUCAGCAUGGUGAAUUGAGGUCCAGAUUCAGGGUGGUCUUCCUGCUCUAAUGAGAGAAGUUGAAAUUUAGCUUCAGAAACCAGAGUAACUUCCUAAAGUCCUGAUUUCUGUUGCUGCUUCCUCCUCCUCCUUUCUCUGGCUUCUUCUCCAGGCAGGAAAACAACAGUUGUCUAAAAACAAAAAACAAACAAAAAAAUAGUUAGCUGCCCAAUUCUGAAAUAGGGUUGGAACCCCUUUUCUGGAGAAGAGAAACCCAAAUCCUUCCCUGCUUCUGAUAAUUGUCAGAAUCUACUUCAGGCCAAGAAUAUUGUUUUAAAGAUUUGUGUAGUUGUUUUAUGCUGUUUGCAGACAGCAUGUAAAUGAUUUGAAAUGUCUUAUCUUCAAUGAAAAUAUUUCAUGCUUUUUUAAUCUAUUAGAUAUGGAAAUAUUUUUGAAACUGAAAAUGCAGUCAGUAGAAUUUAAAUUGAAAUGUAAUACAUGUAAAAUAUAUUUUAGUUGAUAAUUUUGUAAAAUGCACUUUUUGUGUCUCUUCCCUUGUUUCCCAGAUCUGUAUUUCAGUGUUUACAGAUGGAAUGAGAACAUUCCCUAUACUCUCCUUCUGUGCAAAAGAUAUAUUAGAAGUAAUUCUUAAAAAUAAAUUUGAGAAAUUGUAUUGACUUAGAAAACAAAA